CAUUAUGUUAACGAAGCGGAUCGGCAAGUUUGGCACUUAUCGAAGUGCCAAACUUGCAUCCGAGUCAAUAUUUAGCCUGAGAUAAGCGCUACGAUCCGAAAUUCCAAAUCGGCGCAUUUUACAGAGCCUAUUCUCAGCAGUUAUCCGAUCCCAAAGUUCCCGAGUUUUUAACUCCUCUCAAAGCAGUGUUUUUAUUUACCGGUUUCCAUCAAUUAUCGUUCCGCACGAGGCGCGGGAAAAAAAUGCCGGCGCGAACGCGUCGCAGAUAAGAUUAACGUCAGCAUACAUAGCUCUAUCUUCUUUUUCACGCACUCUCGAGUCUCGUGCGCGCGAGCCUGCUAUCGUCAUCCACUGAACGGGACGAAAGAGGCGGCCACGAGGCAGGAGAUGGAGCCCGCCGGCAUGCCGCGUCCCAAGGGUCAACGAACCCAGUGGAAACAAUGGGCAGCUUGUAUUUCUGCGACGCUGUCGAUGGUGGCCGCCGGUACGGUGUACGGCUGGUCGACGACCAUCCAGACACGGCUGACCGACAACACGACCGUAGACGUGCCGAUCCACGUCACCGGUGAACAGUCCUCGUGGAUCAUCUCCCUCGUCGUCAUCGGCUCGAUGAUGGGUGCCUUCUACGGAGCCUACGUUGCGGCAUCCUGCGGACGGAAGAUCUGCCUGCUGAUGUCGUCCCUCUUCUACAUCCUCGGCUGGCUGCUGGUGAUCUUCGCGCACAACGUCUGGUACCUGUACAUCUCGCGGCUGAUCCUCGGCAUCGGCGUCGGCAUGUCCUACACGGCGAACCCGAUGUACGUGUCGGAGGUCGCGGACGUCAACAUCCGCGGCGCCCUCAGCACUCUCAUCGCCGUGAACGUGUUCACCGGCUCGCUCAUAUCCUGCAGCGUCGGCCCCUGGACGACCUACCUCACCCUCGGCAUCGCUCUGCUCUGCAUACCGAUCCUCUUCGUGCUGACCUUCGCCUGGUUCCCCGAAAGCCCGUACUACCUGCUGAGCAAGGGUAAAUCGGCUGAGGCAGCCUCGGCCAUCGCCUUCUUCCAGGGCAUCACCGAUCCCGACGAGCUGCGCCAGGAGGUCGAGCUCGUGCGCCGGAACAUCGGCAAGGACAGCAGCGACGAGUUCGAGGAGCUCAAGUUCAGCUUCUCGGACUUUCUGCUGCUGAUGAAGACGCGCAACCGGCGGGCCCUCGUCAUCGUCAUGGGCCUCAUUCUGGGCCAGCAGCUCAGCGGAAGCUUCACCACGAUGCAGUACCUCGAGAUGAUGUUCCACGACGCUAAGAUCGGUAUCGACUCGCACACCGCCACCAUCAUCGUCCUCGUCGUCGCCAUGGUCUCCGGUGGCGUGUCCACCAUGACGGUAGAGGGCGCUGGUCGGCGGCUGCUGCUCCUGUACUCGAGCUUCGCGUGCGCCCUCAGUCUCGGCGUGCUGGGAGUGUACCUGCUGAUCAAGUCGACCGGUGCCGAUCUCAGCUCCAUCAAUCUCUUGCCGGUCUUCGACAUCAUCGUCUUCCAAGCCGUCUACCAGAUCGGCCUCGGCACGAUGCCGAACCUGCUGAUCGGUGAGCUCUUCCCGACCAACGUCAAGGGUAUCGCCGGCGCGGUGAUCAUCGUUUUCGACGGCCUCAUGGGCUUCAUCGUCUCCAAGUACUACGAGCCGAUUUUCAUCAGGUUGGGCGGCCAGGUGGUCUACCUGUUCUUCUGCGUGUCGACCCUCGGGAUCUUCUUCUUCAUCUACGCCUACGUGCCCGAGACCAAGCGCAAGACCUUCCUCGAGAUCCAAGACAUCCUCGACGAGCUCCGCCCUUUCAAAGUCCACAGUUCUACUUCCAUCUCCUGUCUGCCGAUCAAGAGGUCCGGCGGCGAGGAGGACAACAAGACUGAGGAAGCGUGAUAGUAGUGCGAUCGGCUGAACCGAUUCGCCACUUCUCUGGAUUCUCUCUCCUCCGCGACUCGUUGAACAUCAGCCGGAUAUUAUAUGUACAUAUUAUAAUGUAAAGUUACAAGGAAGAGACGGGCGGUGUGCGAUGACGAUCGAGGGCUUUAGUGAAUUAAUUAUUUUUUAUCGCGGUUUUUGACGACCCGAGGGCGCUGAGGUAUAAUAUGCCUACGCACAAUUGUGACGCGUUGUGAUAAACGAUAGGGACAAACACAGAGAUGUAUUUUAUCGCGGGGAACAUAUUUUUUUAAAAACUUUUAUCGUUCGGGGAUUCAAGGGUAAAGGGUGCGCGUAUUCGGGGAGAAAUACGUGGGUUGUGAACGAAGUCGUGCCAAAAUUAUGAAAAAAAUAAUGUGAAGACGAUCGAGAGAAAUGAAACUUCGGAGGUAUAGAUAUUCUUCGAAAUAGACGCAGUGUAUCAAGUGAGAUGGGCUAAGUUGGUCAAUUCAAUGAAGAAAAUAGCGGCGAUAUUUUCUCGAGCACGCGAUGACCCCAUCGCGUGCAUCUGCCAUUUUAAACUUAUUCUUAAUAUCUCUAAGUAGUCAUGUCUGUUAUAGCACAACAAUUUCCUACGUCUUCGAUGUUUCCCGUUGAAACUAUUCUAGAGUAUAAAACAUAAUCAAAAUGCAUUUACGCACAGGACUAUGUCGAUUCGACAUUGAUCGUCGGAAAAUUUUUCCUCUCGCAAUACCAGUAAUAAUAAUAUUCUCUAUAAAAAACUUCUGCGUAUAGUUCGAUUCGACGUUGAAAAGGUCGCGUAUUGCGCGAAGCUGUGAGUGACGGGUAAAGCGUAUACAUCGACGUGUGUUGAUGAAAAACGGGUUUGCUGCUUCGUACAAAGGAAUCGAAAGGAUAAUCCAAUUACGAGGUUGCGUCGGAUCUUUGACGAUAUAUGAUCUCUCUGUGUUACAUACUCAUAUGGGGGAAUGAUUAGUUGACAAUAUUUUCAAUCGUACCUCGCGGCUGUACGCGCGUAUUGUUCUAUAUUUUACUUCUAAGAAAAAAAAAACUUGAUUCACUGUAAACAACUGCAGGUAUUUUUUCGCAUCGAAUUCGCCAUAUCGAUCAAAACAGCCCUGUGACUCGGCAAUUUAUACACCAUCAGUGUAAACGUCCACGAGCAAUGAUCAGAGAGGGACGAAACGCGCGGGUGUCAGCCGUGAGAGAAAGAGAGAGAGAGAGAGAGAGAGAGAGAGAGAGAGAGAGAGAGAGAGAGAGAGAGUUAGAUGCGUUUCCCAGUCCGACGAGUUUAUACGCGGGACACAAAAUGACGGAACACGCCGACGACGUGACGAACCACAGAGCUCAUUGUUAUAUCGGCUGAUGCGCUGCCUCGGCACUUUUGAUGAUUUUCGCUCUCGCUGGCGCGCGAGUUUGAUGGAUUCGGGUGGUGAUGCGUCGUCGCUGUGCUUAUCCCGUUGUUGGGGAAAACAUCGAUUUUGGAAAAUAUGUUAGAGGAAUAAGUGUAUACACGACGUUUGUCCGUUUAUUGCUCUCGGGUCGGCCGGUUUUAUUUGCCGUACGUGUAGGUAUAUAAAUCAAUCCUUCUUUCCCCUCUAGUGUGCUUGUGUGUGUAUACCGCGCGUACACAGAGUCUGUAUGCGAGCAUUUUCCUAGCGUCAAUAUUUGAACGAAUCUUCGUAUAUUCCGUUGCUCUGAUAAGGAAGUCCGACUUCCGGUUUUCACUGUGUUUCUAUGCGAAAAAAUACUGCGUUGUUUACAGCAUACAGUAGCUAUAUACGGAUUAUAGAAAUUUUCAGUUUGAUCUUUCUUAGUCAGAGAAAUGGGUGUGAAUUUUUCGAAUUUUUACCUACGAUGUUAUACACCUAUAUAUACAGAAUAACUUGGACGCAGAUGUUUACAGCAGCCAAUAGCUCGAAUUAAUUAUAGACAACAACAACAAUGUGUAUACGUUUCCAUCAAAUUAACCACGUUGACCGUUGUAUACCAGUAAUCGAUUUCCUGUCAGACUAUUGUUCUCUCUCUCUCUCUCUCUCUCUCUCUCUCUCUCUCUCUCUCUUUAUGUAUAGCCAACAAAAUAAACCUGUCUACACUACACGAUUAAUGUGCGUAGCUCAAAAACGUACUAGUUGCACGCGUCUCUAUAAUUCUCGAGCUGUUUCACUCGAGACGAGAGCCACGUCCCACAUACCUAUAUAGUCUUACUCAUAGCAAACAGAGAGUCGCGCGUAUAAUAUAGUCUGCGAAAAUCGUCGAUGUCUAACAAACCCCCUCAGUAGAAGAAGAAAAAAACGUAUGCACAAUCGAAUCGGUCUUUGUUGCGCAAUUCCAGCAUCCCCCCCCCCCCCUAUGUAUAUGUGUAUACGUUCUAUACGUUGAUUAUAUAAGUGCCUUGAUUUUGCGAGAGAUUCGCGAAUAAAGAGAAAUUUUUCAAACGACGUA